GUAUGCCUGAAUAUUUCUGCAUUUCAUGUCGUCUACGUUGCAGGGAAACAGACGACUAGAAACCUUAAAAGAUGUUCUCGACGGCUUCCUCCCCAGUUUGCUCGGCGACUUGGUAGAGCUCGCCAUUGUCACGUUCAGCACAGUCGCGAAGGUCCAGCACCCCUUGAUGGCUGUCAAUCACCAAACGGUAGAAGGCUUUCGAGAUGCUGUGAAGAACAUGUCGGUGGUGUCCCGUACCUGCAUUGGCUGUGGACUUCAGCGCGCUCUGGAGGUGCUGAAUACUUCCAGCGAGACCCCAGAAGGCGCAAUAAUUGUGCUUUUGACCGAUGGCAUGGAGAACGAGUACCCCUCCAUAGACGACGCCUGGCCACAGCUGUUGGCGUCAAAGGUCCAAGUUGUGACUAUGGCGAUGGGUGAUAAUGCCGAAGGUAGGCUUGAGGAACUGGCUGCAGCAACGAAAGGGCAAAGCUACUUCUUUCCCGAUCCCCUUGAAAACGCAGUGACGACCUACAUCGAAGGCGCCAGCAGUCAGGCGUACGAGCGCACAUAUCAUCAGUCGGUCAUGCAACAGAACCAAACACGGCGAAGAGUAGGUAUACGAGUGCUCGACAACUACACAUUCGUGGAUACCCUCCUGGGAAAACAGAAGCCCACGGCUCCAUUUCAAAGAGUCACAGUGGGCACUUACUUCAUGCUCACCAGCAACCUGCAGCAGAAGGACGUUCCUCCUGGUAGAAUCUGGGACUUUAGAGCUGUGAGUGGGUACGUUGAGAUCGACAGGACGCCUAUCGUCUGUCUUACGUGGACUUGGCCUGGCGCACACAUGACACACGGAAAAGCUACGGAAGUGGAGAUCAGAGGUGGCACUGACGAAGACUACCUUCAAUCGCACUUCGAUAGCCAUGAGGUGAUGUCCAAUGUCGUGAAAGGGAACCUUCAAGCCCUCGCCCCCGGUUCGCAGCAUGAAGUCACCAUUGCUCUUCCCCGCAACUGGGCGACGUCGGCCCAAGGCGUCGACUUCAAGCUGGAGGCGUACCUAGGCGCACGUGUUAUUAACGCGGAAGGACUGAAGUCGAAGCUGUCUAAUACUGUUCUUGUACCAUUUGAAAUUUCAAAUUUUACUGCCUAUUCGAUGAGAAGAGCAUCUGCCACCACCACGCGGGCUAGUCGGCAGCCCACGAAUCCUGUACCAGGAAGGACAGCUCCCGAAACGCCUUACGAAGACAAAGACGCAGCAACGACCACAACGCCGGCCAAGGUAGAGUCAGGCAUUGAUGACAAGCCAUCCGUCAUCACUUGGAUUCUGCUGGCACUGGUUGCUGGAUUCGUCGUGGUGUUCGUCGCAAUUAUACUGCUGUACAGGGCGAGGGCGAGCACCACUAUUGAGAAUCAGGGCCCCUCCACAAACACUCAAACAGCGACAACUAUGUGAAGUUCAAAAGUACAGACCGUGUGUGCUUUGUUUUUAAGAGAACAUGAAACUAUGUGAAGCUAGAAUACUGCAUGGUAUCUGUGACCAAAAUAAAGCACUGAGUUC